AUACUUGAUCCUGCUCUCAAGGCAGGGCAAGGUCCGCCUUGCAAAAUGGUUCACUACCCUCAUUCCCAAAGAUAAGGCCAAGAUCGUCAAGGACGUCACUCAGGCAGUCCUGGCCAGGCGCACACGCAUGUGCAACUUCUUGGAAUACAAGGAUACAAAAAUCGUUUACCGUCGCUACGCUUCGCUGUUCUUCAUUGCAGGCUGUUCCUCCGAUGACAACGAGCUCAUCACACUAGAGAUCAUCCACCGAUACGUCGAGCAGAUGGACAAGUAUUACGGAAACGUUUGCGAACUAGAUAUUAUAUUCUCCUUUACCAAGGCCUACUACAUCCUAGACGAGAUCCUCCUGGCCGGCGAGAUGCAGGAGAGCAGUAAAAAGAAUAUAUUGAGGUGUAUAUCCCAGCAGGACUCGCUGGAAGAUAUGGAGGAAUAUGCUGACCAGUCGGCGGGCAACGUGGUGCGCUUGGGGAAUUUGCCGAUGUUCCCCGCGAGCCAACCCGUCAACCCCGUGCCUUGGCUACAAUCGGACAGCUGCCGCCCCGUCAGCGCCAAGUCGCAGCCAGGUGGGCGCACCCCCGACAGACAUGGCGUUAUCCAAGACCAUGGAUGUUGGCACCUGUUCUCUCUCCUCGGCGGCAGGCAGGCCUGUGGUUUGCGCCUGACGACGUCGCUUGAUCAAUGCGACGACCGUCUUGUUCUAGACCGCAGGACUGGACCUGAGGACCGUUGCGACGGAUGCACUGGGCUCUUCCAUUUUCCUCGCUCACCCAAGACUCAACGCCUUGCUGCAUGCAGUUUAUACCAGUUCCCGACUUUGUGACCGUCACGAGUGCGCUCAAUUUCGAUACACCCGAUUGUCAUGUUUCCGGCGGUUGCGACCUGUACACCACAAAACCCACAGGGCAGGACAAGAAGUUGUACAAACGCAUCGACGGUUCUCUGGAGAGCCAACACGAUUCGCUUCUAAAGUUCGGCGCUAGUCUCAGCCCACCACAGCGUGCCGAGAUGGCCUCGACACUGAACUUGUCAAGAUCGAGUCCCUUUGGUUCACUCGCAGACAUCUCAAGCCGUCGCACAUUUGCAUACAUAAUCGCAACACUCAACGCAUCGCACCCAGACUAUGACUUCUCGCACGUUCUGAGGCCGAGUGACUUCAAGAGGGAGAAAAACUUGAGGAGGGUUAUGAACAACCUUGACAGCACUUUGGGCAACGUCCGACCGUCCAACCCGGGUAUGGAUUAUUCUUUGUCUAGGAGUCUAAGCUCCGGAUCCGACAGCACCAACACCGACCCCGUCUGGGGACCGCAGAUGUGGGCCAUCAUUGACAAAGAGAUGGCGCUCGACGAUUGCAACGUGUUCAGCUACCAGCCCGCUGAGAACCCCUUUGACGAAGAGGAGGGCGCCAUCUGGGCGUUGCACUACUUUUUCUUCAACAAGCAACUCAAACGUGUCGCGUACCUUCACGUGAGGGGAGUCCCCGUAACUAGCAGCCACAGCGAGCCCCCUUACCGCCCGCCUCAUCGUAGUCAUGCUGGCGCUGUCAGAAAUCUGGCGGCCGGCCAUGAUGAGGACGACUGGGAAAAUGGCGGCUUGUCAUCAUCUCUUAAAGGCGCAAACAAGCGCGCGAGGUUUUGGUUUGGCGACAGCAUUGCCGAGCGGAUAAGGUCAGACUCUGACGACGACAUGGACGACGGCAUGGUUUGGAAUCGCACAGCAGACGGAGAAUUUGACGAAUACCGUGGAGACUUUGACGACAACGAGAGCAUGGGCGACGGCUACUCAGAAGUAGACGAGAUGGACACCGAUUUCGAUGACGACGAGUCUGAGCGCGGCCGGGCAAAGUCGACUUCUGACGUCAAUGGCAUCAAGAAGGGGACUGUUCGAGCCGUCAGUGAAGAUGUCGCGGCGCAGAUGGAGAUUGAGUGA